CCCCAAAAUAGAAAAUGUGGUGUGUGGCGGUGCGUGGGUAGUCUUGUCAUUUAAAAAAUACUCUAGGUAGUGAACCAAGUACUCUAGCAUCUCUCUGUUCUAGUCUCUUCAAUUUUAUACCAACACUCUCCAUCUUUCACUUCAUUUCAAUUCAUGGCGUCCGGACAAGCAGAUCAAGAACCCCCACAGCCUCCCUCUCUUCAGUACCAGACAUGGGUUCUGAAAGUUUCCAUCCACUGUCAAGGCUGCAAAAGAAAAGUCAAGAAAGUGCUCCAAAGCAUCGAAGGUGUUUAUACAAUAAAUAUUGAAGCGCAGCAGCAAAAAGUGACCGUGACCGGAAACGUAGACGCGCAGACUCUCAUCAAGAAGCUGGUGAAGACAGGCAAACAUGCAGAGCUUUGGCCAGAGAAUCCCAAGCCCAAGGACAAGGACAAGAAAGGAAACGACAAAGAAGCCGAUUCAAAAAGCGCCGAAAACACCGAAGACGAAGAGGACGACCCGCCGCCGGACAACGGCAACGUCAAGAUCAGCUCCCCGCGCCUCGCCAGCGGAAACGGCGGACCUACUGUCAAGUUCAUGCUCGACCAGCCGCCGGAAAAUGCCUCCGCCGGCGACAAGCCGCCGCCGCCAGAGAAUAAAGGCGGCGGCGGCGGUGGUGGUGGAGGUAAAAAGAAGAAAAGGCGAGGGCGAAAAGGGAAUAACAGUAAUAACAGUGCGGGAGCAGCGGGUAAUGGUGCGGCGUCGAGCACAGGAUUGGAGAUUCCGAGGGUGGGAAUCACGCAAGCCGUUGAUCAAAUCAAUGGGAGCCCUCCACCGCAGAUUAAUGCGGCGUAUCCGAGUUAUGGUGCGCCGCAGCAGGCGUAUGUUAUG